AUGCCCACACCGUUGACUCGCACACGGUCGAGAAUCAUCCCCCUAGGCCCCGAUCGUCAUGUUUAUACCGAUAGUUCUUUGUUGCAUGGGAUCCCCCCAAUGUAUAAGACAGGUGCUCAGCUAAGCCUUGAAAACUUUGUGCAGGGUACAAGCCACACGUUGAUACAACCGGUACAGGGGAAGCUGGGACAGGCCUCCGGUGGCAGUCCUCAUGAUGGCAAACCCCGUCUGCUUUUGAUGGGUCUGCGCAGAAGUGGCAAGUCGUCUAUCGCAAGCGUGGUCUUUCAUAAGAUGCCUCCGAAUGAGACCUUGUUUCUUGAAUCUACAACUCGUAUUCAAAAGGACUCAGUCCACUCGUUUAUGGACUUUCAGGUCUGGGACUUCCCCGGCCAGCUGGAAUAUCUUGAGCCAUCUUUUGAUCUUGAAGACAUUUUUGGUAGCCUGGGUGCUUUAGUUUGGGUUAUUGAUGCGCAGGAUGACUAUUUGGACUCGGUUGCGCGACUCAACCGUACAAUCUUGACGGUUCAGCAAUACUACCCGAACAUCAAUAUCGAGGUCUUCAUUCACAAGGUUGACGGGCUUUCUGAAGAGUAUCGCACCGACACAUUCCAAGAUAUUGUGCAACGGAUAUCAGAUGAACUUAGCGACGCAGGGUAUGAGAAUGCGCCAGUACAUUACUACCUGACUUCCAUCUACGACUACUCCGUGUUCGAAGCUUUCAGCAAAGUCAUACAGAAGCUCAUCCCCAAUCUGUCGACGCUGGAGAACCUGAUCAACACCCUUGCGAACAAUUGCGGGUUUGAAAAAACAUAUCUCUUUGACGUGUUGAGCAAAAUCUAUAUUGCGUCCGACACCCGCCCGGUUGAUAUGGCCUGCUAUGAAAUGUGUUCUGACUACAUCGACGUGAUCGUCGACAUCUCGGAGCUGUAUUCGUGGGAUCAUCCGGACCGAAAACCCAAAGGCGACCAGAUGCAAGAGGCUGAAAGCCACGUCAUUCUGCAGGACGAGACCAUGAUCCAUUUGAUGGAGAUGAACAAAUAUCUUUGUCUCGUUUCUGUAAUCCCUAACCCGGAGGCAAAAGAAAAGAAGGGUCUUAUUGAUAUGAACUGCCGCUUAUUCCAGGACGCCCUCAACGAAGUUUUCGCGCGCAGUUGGGAGGAGGAAGAAAAGGACUCUAGCACAUGA